AUGGCUAAUCCGAGUAAUUGGCCAUCUCUUCUUAUGGUGAUAUUGGCCUUGUAUGCCGUUGCUGCGCAUACAAGUGCUCAAUACCCAUACUCUCCACCAUCACCACCACCAUACGUCUAUAGUUCUCCACCACCAUAUACCUAUAGUCCACCACCAUCUCCAUAUGUCUACAAGUCUCCACCUUACGUAUAUAGUUCACCACCACCAUACGCCUACAGUCCACCACCGUCUCCAUACGUCUACAAGUCUCCACCUUACGUCUAUAGUUCACCACCACCAUAUGCCUACAGUCCACCACCGUCUCCAUACGUCUACAAGUCUCCACCUUACGUCUAUAGUUCACCACCACCAUACGCCUACAGUCCACCACCGUCUCCAUAUGUGUACAAGUCUCCACCUUACGUCUAUAGUUCUCCACCGCCAUAUGUCUAUAGUUCUCCACCGCCAUAUGCCUACAGUCCACCACCAUACGCCUACAGUCCACCACCAUCUCCAUAUGUUUACAAGUCUCCACCAUAUGUAUAUAGUUCUCCACCACCAUAUGCCUACAGUCCACCUCCAUCCCCAUAUGUUUACAAGUCUCCACCUUACGUCUAUAGUUCUCCACCGCCAUAUGCCUACAGUCCGCCACCAUACGCCUACAGUCCACCACCAUCUCCAUAUGUUUACAAGUCUCCACCAUAUGUAUAUAGUUCUCCACCUCCAUAUGCCUACAGUCCACCACCAUCUCCAUACGUCUACAAGUCUCCACCUUACGUCUAUAGUUCUCCACCACCAUAUGCCUACAGUCCACCACCAUCUCCAUAUGUCUACAAGUCUCCGCCUUAUGUCUAUAGUUCACCACCACCAUAUGCCUAUAGUCCACCACCGUCUCCAUACGUCUACAAGUCUCCACCUUACGUCUAUAGUUCACCACCACCAUACGCCUACAGUCCACCACCGUCUCCAUACGUCUACAAGUCUCCACCUUACGUCUAUAGUUCACCACCACCAUAUGCCUACAGUCCACCACCGUCUCCAUACGUCUACAAGUCUCCACCUUACGUCUAUAGUUCACCACCACCAUACGCCUACAGUCCACCACCGUCUCCAUACGUCUACAAGUCUCCACCUUACGUCUAUAGUUCUCCACCACCAUACACCUACAGCCCACCACCAUACGCCUAUAGUCCCCCACCUCCAUGUCCAGAUGUUUACAAGCCUCCACCUUAUGUCUACAGUUCUCCACCACCAUACGUCUACAAUCCCCCACCAUCAUCUCCUCCGCCAUCUCCAAGCUAUAGUUAUAGCUCUCCCCCUCCUCCAAUAUACUAA